AUGUCCUUAACGGGGACUGGUUCCUUCGGGAACUACGACUUGACGGCCCAGACGACCGGCUCGCCGCUGGCCCGCCAGAAAACUCACGAGCAAGAGGAAGAGAAGACGGCAUUGGAAGCUAUGUCUUCACCUGUGGGCGAUGAGAAAGGAAUCAGGAGUCGUCCCACUUCGAUGGCUGGGUUGAACAAGAGCCAAGGCCCACAGUCGGACAAGGGAGUCCCAUCCUCAGGGGAUGCGACCGACACUGCUUUUGAGGACGACGAGGAUGCCGUCGAGGAGGAACGCCGUCACAGCAUUGUUCAGGCCCUGGCCAGAAAGUACACUUCCCAAUCCCAUGCAGCUGCCGAGGGGGUGAACCCGUUCACGAUCGCCUCGGACGAUAAGGAGUCGCCAUUGAACCCCAAUGGCCCGAACUUCAGCUCCCGGGCUUGGGCUAAGGCCGUCGUUAACUUGGUGACCGGCGAGGGGCACAAGUUCCGGACGACGGGUGUGGCAUUUCAAAACUUGAAUGUCCACGGCUUCGGGUCUACGACAGAUUACCAGAAGGAUGUUGGGAACAUCUGGCUGGAGGCUGUUGGCUUGGUGCGCAAGCUUACGGGCCACGGACAGCGCCGUAUUGAUAUUCUGCGGGACUUUGACGGCUUGGUUCGCAAUGGCGAAAUGCUGGUUGUGCUGGGUCCUCCGGGUUCGGGCUGCACAACUUUCCUCAAGACGAUUGCGGGCGAUUACAACGGGAUUUUCAUGGAUGGUGACUCGUAUUUCAACUAUCAGGGUGUGACUGCUAAGGAAAUGCACACUCAACAUCGCGGAGAGGCCAUUUACACGGCCGAAGUCGACACCCACUUCCCGCAGCUAAGCGUCGGCGAUACCCUCACCUUCGCCGCUCGUGCCCGUGCCCCGCGCCAACUGCCCCCCGGUAUAUCACGGGAUGGCUUCGCGACACACUUAAGGGACGUUGUCAUGGCCAUGUUCGGCAUCAGCCAUACUGUCAACACUCAGGUCGGAAACGAGUAUAUCCGUGGUGUCUCGGGUGGUGAGAGAAAGCGUGUCACCAUCUCGGAGGCCGCUUUGUCGAAUGCGCCGUUGCAAUGCUGGGACAAUAGUACGCGUGGUUUGGACAGCGCUAACGCCGUCGAGUUUUGCAAGACUCUGAAGCUGCAGUCCGAUCUGUUCGGCAGCACCGCGUGUGUUUCGAUCUACCAGGCACCCCAGAGUGCGUACGACUACUUUGACAAGGCGCUCGUUUUGUACGAAGGCCGUCAGAUCUUCUUUGGCCGCGCCGAUGCGGCGAGGCAGUACUUUAUCGACUUGGGCUUUGAAUGCCCCUCGCGUCAGACGACUCCCGAUUUCCUGACUUCGAUGACCAGUCCCCAGGAGCGCAUCAUCCGGCCCGGGUUUGAGGCCAAAGCCCCGCGCACCCCCGACGAGUUUGCGGCGGCAUGGAAGAACAGCCCUGAAUACGGCAGCCUGAAGGCGGAGAUCGAGGAGUAUAAGGAAAGCCACCCCAUCAAUGGCCCGGACGCUGUGGCCUUCCGCGCCUCCAAGAAGGCUCAGCAGGCCAGGGGCCAGCGCCUGAAGUCCCCGUUCACCCUUUCCUAUAUCCAACAAGUUCAGCUCUGCCUCUGGCGUGGGUGGAGGCGCCUGAUGGGCGACCCAAGUUUGAGCAUCGGCGCCUUGAUUGGCAACUUCAUCAUGGCCUUGAUCAUCUCCUCUGUAUUCUUCAACCUCCAGCCUAAUACCGACAGCUUUUACCGCCGGGGUGCGCUUCUCUUCUUCGCCUGCCUCAUGAACGCCUUCGCCAGUGCCCUCGAGAUUCUCACCCUCUACGCGCAACGUCCCAUUGUCGAAAAACACGCCCGCUAUGCGCUCUAUCACCCAUCCGCCGAAGCGGUGGCAUCCAUGUUGUGUGACAUGCCAUACAAGAUCGCCAACACGCUCGUGUUCAACAUAACACUGUACUUCAUGUCGAACCUACGCCGCGAACCCGGAGCCUUUUUCUUCUUCCUGCUCAUCUCCUUCGUCACGGUUCUGUCAAUGUCCAUGAUUUUCCGGACGAUUGCUAGCACAUCGAGGACCCUGUCCCAGGCCAUGGUCCCAGCCGCUAUCAUUAUUCUCGCCCUUGUUAUAUUUACCGGCUUCGUCAUUCCCAUCGACUACAUGCUCGGCUGGUGCCGUUGGAUCAACUACAUCGAUCCUGUCGCCUACUCUUUCGAGGCUCUCAUGGUCAACGAGUUCCACGGGCGCACUUUCGAGUGCUCUACGUACGUGCCUAGUAUGCGCUUACCCGCGUAUGCCAAUGUCGGGGAUAAGAACCACGUUUGUUCUUCGAUUGGGGCUGUGAUGGGCUCAGGUUUCGUUAACGGUGACGACUACAUCAACUCGGGGUUUCGCUACUACCACCAGAACAAGUGGAGGAAUUUCGGUAUCAUCCUCGUCUUCAUCGUUGGAUUCCUCUCUUUCUACCUGUACGCCGCCGAGAACGUUGCCGCCAAGAAGAGCAAGGGUGAAGUCCUGGUCUUCCGCCGUGGUCACAAGCCCGCCUCCUUCAAGGAGAACAAGGGCGACGCCGAGUCUGGCGGUACCCCUGUCGCUGGACCUGUCGUGAAGGCCGACAACGGACACGUCUCGGAUGGCCACUCGACCGACGGAGCCGGUAUGCUGCAGGAACAGAAGAGUGUCUUCCACUGGAACAAUGUUUGCUACGAGGUCAAGGUCAAGGGCGAAACACGCCAGAUCCUGAACAACGUCGAUGGCUGGGUGAAGCCGGGUACUUUGACAGCUCUGAUGGGCGUUUCCGGUGCCGGCAAGACGACUCUUCUCGACUGUUUGGCCGACAGAACCGCGAUGGGUGUUAUCACCGGUGAGAUGCUUGUUGACGGCCGCCCGCGCGAUACCUCCUUCCAGCGCAAGACUGGUUAUGUGCAGCAGCAGGAUCUUCAUCUCCAGACCACCACCGUUCGUGAGGCUCUCAACUUUAGCGCUUUGCUCCGCCAGCCAGCCCAUGUUCCGCGUUCCGAGAAGCUCGCAUAUGUCGACGAAGUUAUCAGGCUGUUGGACAUGGAGGAGUACGCGGACGCGGUCAUUGGUGUGCCUGGUGAAGGUCUCAAUGUCGAGCAGCGAAAGCGUCUCACUAUUGGUGUUGAGCUGGCUGCCAAACCCCCUCUUCUGCUUUUCGUUGAUGAGCCCACCUCCGGUCUCGACAGUCAAACCUCGUGGGCUAUCUUGGAUCUACUCGAGAAGUUGACUAAGAGCGGCCAAGCUAUCCUGUGCACCAUCCACCAGCCCUCCGCCAUGCUCUUCCAGCGUUUUGAUAGACUCCUGUUCUUAGCCAAGGGCGGCAAGACGGUCUACUUUGGCGAUAUCGGUGAAAACUCCAGGGAGAUGACCGCCUACUUUGAGCGCCAAGGAGGCUUCCCGUGCCCUGCCGAGGCCAACCCGGCCGAAUGGAUGCUGGAGGUCAUUGGUGCUGCUCCCGGCAGCACCAGUGACAUCGACUGGCAUCAAGCCUGGCGUAAUAGCCCUGAAUUUUCCGCCGUACAGGAGGAGCUUCAGCGUCUCAAGGUUAACGAGAAGGAGUCAAACCCCAUCAGCGAGGACCCUGGCAGCUAUCGCGAGUUUGCGGCCUCGUUCUGGCAGCAACUGGUGUUCGUCACCCACCGUGUCUUCCAGCAGUACUGGCGUACGCCUUCGUACAUUUACUCCAAGAUGGCGUUGUGUGUGCUUGUUGCGUUGUUCAUCGGUUUCGUGUUCUACAAGGCGCCCAACACCAUUCAGGGCAUGCAGAACCAAAUGUUUGCCAUCUUCAACAUCCUCACCGUCUUCGGCCAGCUCGUCCAACAAACUAUGCCCCACUUUGUCAUCCAGCGGUCGCUGUACGAAGUCCGCGAGCGCCCGUCCAAGGUUUACGGCUGGAAGGUCUUCAUGUUGUCACAGAUCAUCGUUGAGCUUCCCUGGAACACCUUAAUGGCUGGCCUUAUGUUCGUCUGCUGGUACUUCCCUGUCGGCCUGCAGGCCAAUGCCAUGGACGCUGGUCAGACAGCUGAGCGGGGUGGCCUCAUGUUCCUGCUUCUCGUCGCCUUCCUACUCUUUACGUCUACCUUCACCGACUUCAUUAUCGCAGGGUUUGAGACAGCCGAGGCCGGUGGCAACAUUGCCAACCUGCUCUUCUCGCUGUGCCUCAUCUUCUGCGGUGUCCUCGCGGGCCCAGACGUCAUGCCGCGUUUCUGGAUCUUCAUGUACCGCCUCAGUCCUUUCAGCUACCUGGUCAGCGCGAUGCUUUCGACGGCCGUCGCCAACACUAGCAUUGAGUGUGCCAACAACGAGCUCCUGCAGUUUAAGCCGGCCGACGGGAUGACCUGCAAGGAGUACAUGGAGCCGUACAUCAGCCAGUUUGGCGGAUACCUUCAGGACGAGGCCAACAACACCAUGUGCUCGUUCUGCACCAUCAGUGACACCAACGUGUACCUGGCUAGUGUGAACACGAGUUAUGAUGACCGGUGGCGCAACUUCGGUAUCCUUUGGGCGUACAUCAUCUUCAACAUCUUCGCCGCGCUUGGCCUUUACUGGCUUGUCCGGGUGCCCAAGAAGAAGCUCGGCAAGAAGAAGCAGGAGUAA